AUCGUCUUCAGUCUGUCAGUCGGUGCGCAGGAGAGCGGACGCACCGGAACCGGGACGCGUGUUGAGUGCAAUCAGGAGACAAACCGAGAGGGCGUCGGGAGGACCGGACCCGACCGGGUCAGGAUGGAGCAGUGAGGGCAGCGGAACCGCCGGGACCUGACCCCAGGAUCUUCUUCAGGAUCGGCCUGCGGACUUUUGGAACCAUGGACCCGACGAGCUGCUGUCUGCUGCUGUGCGCGCACCUCGUCCUCAUGUGGGACUCAGCUGAAGGAUACGGAUACAGGAACCAACGCAAGUUCUCCGAAGACAUUGACUGGUCAUAUUCAGGAACUCUGAACCAGAACAACUGGGCCAAGAAGUUCCCAUCGUGCAGUAACGCCAAACAGUCUCCCAUCAACAUCGAGGAGGACGUGGCCCAGGUCAAGCUGCAGUACCAGAACCUGCGGUACGAGGGCUGGGACAACCCAACCAAUAACGGAACCACCAUCAAGAAUGAUGGAAAGACCGUGCGGGUGGAUGUUGACGGAGAGUUCUACAUCAACGGAGGGGGCCUCGGGUCAAAGUUCAAGCUGGGCCGUAUCACCUUCCACUGGGGGCGCUGUAACGCCUCCUCUGAUGGCUCUGAACACAGUCUGGAUGGAGUCAAAUACCCUCUGGAGAUGCAGCUCUACUGUUACGAGGCUCAUCGGUUUGACUCGUUAGACGAAACCAUCAAGGCCAGAGGAAGAAUCGCCGCGCUUGCCAUCAUGUUUGAGACGAGCGAUGAAGACAACAAGAACUUUGCAGCCAUCAUCAAUGGGAUCGUCAGCGUGAGCAGAUACGGAAAGCGUGCUAAUGUGUCGCCAUUCGUCCCACGUGGUCUCCUGCCGAGCUCCACUGAGAAAUAUUUCAUCUAUAAUGGCUCUCUGACUACGCCCCCCUGCAGUGAGACCGUGGAAUGGAUCAUCUUCAAGAACACGGCGUCCAUCUCUGGGUCGCAGCUGGAGGUCUUCUGUGAGGUGAUGACCAUGGAACAGGCCGGAUACGUGAUGCUGAUGGACUACCUGCAGAACAACUUCAGAGAGCAGCAGCAGCACUUCAUGGGUCAGGUGUUCUCCUCCUACACCGGCACCGAGCAGCUCCAAACUCCAGUCUGCAGUUCGGAACCAGAGAAUGUCCAGGCGACGUCCUACAACGUCAGCAGUCUGCUGGUGACGUGGGAACGUCCGCGGGCUGUGUACGACGCCAGCAUCGAGAGAUACGCCGUCAGCUAUCAACCGGCCCAGCCAGCGAGCCCCACCCCCUCCGAGUACUUGACUGAUGGAGACCAAGAUAUCGGGGCGAUACUAGAUGACGUCUUGGCCAACACGACCUACGUGGUCGAGGUCGUGGCUAUGUGCACCAAUGGACUGCUCGGACGUGUUAGUGACCCACUUAAGGUCACCGUGCCCGUGUAUGACCCCGAAAUCUCACUGAAUCCAGAAGCUGAGGACUAUGAUGAUGAAGACACCUAUGGACCUGACAUGUCCUGGAAAGAACCAGUCCAAGCUGAGGACCGUAACCGGAUUCUUACAAGUUUCCGGGAACUACAGCGUCCAGCUCACCUCUGCUCCUGGAACCUGACACCAGAAAUGCAGACAGAGAGUCGGAACUCCCAGGACAAGCCUGAAGACCAACUGGGCCUAGAGGUGGGUGGAGUCAGCAGCAACAGGGUCUCCUCCCCCACACUGGCAGCCACAGAUGAGACCACUUCCAGAAUAGACGGUUUCCUGAGUAACAGCAGUCCCAAAUACUCUAAAGACGGACUUAGGACCAAAACACAAACAACUUUAAAGACCAAAGGAAAUGGACACACAGACCUUCCAGAGAUCCAGACCAGAACGUCCACCUUCCAGAGUUCUUCAGAUCCAGCUGUUCUGCAUCAGCCCACAACUCCAACCGUUCUCAGUUGUUGUCCAUCUCUCCGAGCAGCUUUCUUCCCGCAGACCACAAAGCUGCCAUCUAACGGUGAGCGACCUUCUGUCCACAUCCUCCUCCUCCUUCUCCUCCUCCCCGUGUCUGACUCCUUGGACCUCGCCUCCACCCUGUCCACCUGCCUGCAUGCCUUCCCCUCUUUGCCUCCACCUGCUUUGUCCCUGAUGUCUUCUGAACUGUGGCUGUCCAGCAAAGACCUGCACCCAGCUGUGUCUCCGACCCCAGCACUUGCCACUUCUGCUGCCUCCAGUUCCACCUUCCCUCACCCUUCACACCCCCUGUCUGCUUUGGAGUUCUCCCCCACCCCCCCUGGUUUUGGGUUUGGUGAUGCUGAUUCUGGUGGCGGUAUGUUGUCUGGGUCUUCAUUCGCUGUCUCUUCGGGUGACGCCUCAGUCUUUAGCAGUACACCUCCUCUUCAAACACUUCUGGAACCGCCUGGCUCAUCUGUCUCUGAGGAGCUGUUGGACUCCCCGGCAGUCUCUCUGUCUCUCAACUCCGCCUUCCAGCCUUCAGUUCUCUUCUCUCAGGACUACACCGUGUCCGGUGUCACCCCGGGUUUAUCCCGCACCUUCUCAGCUGGGAUUGAGGACUCGAGUUACGCCACAGGGAGCACGUUGGACUCUUUCCUUGCUGAGACCAGUGGUGAUGGGUUUCCGUUUGCUGGGGACAUGGACACUGCGUGUGUGUGUUCUCUCGGCUCGCUGUCAUCCUCAUCCUUGUUGCACGGUUCUCCUCAGGUCCCACGGUUGUCCUCAGCCUGGGGCACUGCUAGCACAGAGCUUUCCUCCAGCCUUACCUUCACCCCAGCCUCUGGUGUUCUAGGUGACCUCUCUCUGUCUGUGGUGGGUUCUGAAGGUGGGUCCUUGGAUCUGCCUCUGGUCUCUUUAAGCACCAUAACUCCACACUCUGACCUUCUCCAUGCCACCCACAGUGACCCUGUUUCUAUUGCAGUCACAAGGUCUGCCAUCAUGGAUCCCUGGGUCUCAGCGGAAGACAGGUCCUCCACUGUCCCUGCCCCACCCACAGCUUCCCUCUUCACCCCCACCCCAGAUGGAACCGUGUCAGACAGUAGCAGCAGCACCUCGGGUUCAGCGCUGCUCCCAGGUUCCCACGAGGGCAUAGAUCAGGAGUGGGAUGCGGUUCAAGCUUCGGCAUCUGGACAGGCCUUGAUCCCUUACUGGACAAACACUGUCACCCCGUCUGCAGUGUCUGUGUCCGGCCAGAAGCCAGACGAUCUGGACGAGCACUCCUCGACGUUCUACUUUGAAAGUGAGAGCGGCAGCGCCAUCGCCAUGGAGGUUGGAGAUGCCAUGUCGCCAACGACUUUAUCAGCCAAAACCUCCUCGCCUUUGUCCCUGAGAGUGGAGGAGGAGAGCGGAUCGGGUCAGAGCGAGAUCCUGUACGACAACGAGACCUCUUCGGACUUCAGUAUCUCUGAACAUACAGAAAGACCAUUUGAGGAGGAGGAGCCAGUCGCAGAUGCCAGUAACAGCAGCCAUGAGUCCAGGGUUGGAUCCAUCAGGGAUGGGGACAGGAAGGCCGUGGUUCCUCUGGCUGUCAUCUCCACCCUCACCUUCCUCGGCCUCAUUGUCCUCAUUGCCAUCCUCGUCUACUGGAGAACGUGUUUUCAGACGGCUCACUUCUACGUUGAGGACAACUCAUCCCCACGAGUCAUCGCAUUGCCGUCCACGGCCAUCCACGUGUUGGAUGGAGAGUCCAUGUUUCCCAUACAGGAGUUUGUGGAGCACGUGGCCGAACUUCAUCGCACAAAUCAGUUUCAACGCCAGUUUGAGAUACUGAAGGACAGUUACGAGGAGGUGCAGGUGUGCGCGGUGGACAUGGGAAUGACCACCGACAGCUCCAACCAUCCUGACAACAAGAUAAAAAACCGAUACAGCAACAUCGUGGCCUAUGACCACAGUCGAGUGCGACUCUUGCCACAGGUGGACAAAGACGGCAAGAUGAGAGAUUAUAUCAACGCAAACUACGUGGACAGUUUUCAGAAGUGCAGGUACUACAUCGCGGCUCAGGGUCCCCUGAGGACGAGCGUGGACGACUUCUGGAGGAUGAUCUGGGAGCAGAACGUCGGGGUCAUUGUCAUGAUCACCAACCUUGUGGAGAAUGGACGGAGGAAGUGUGACCAGUACUGGCCGGCAGAGCUUCAGGAGGAGUUUGGCAGCUUCCUGGUGAAGGUGAAGAGCACCAGCGAGUUUGCCUUCUACACCCAGAGGACCUUCACCGUCUGGAACACCCACGCCAAAAAGGGCUCCCACAAGGGGCGGAGCAAAGAACGCACAGUGAUCCAGUACCAUUACACCCAGUGGCCGGACAUGGGCGUCCCAGAGUACGCUCUGCCGCUACUCAGCUUCAUUCGCAAGUCGUCCAAAGCCAGGACAGACGAGAUGGGUCCUGUGGUGGUUCACUGCAGCUCCGGCGUUGGCAGGACGGGGACGUACAUCGUGCUGGACAGCAUGCUGCGGCAAAUGAGACAUGAAGGCGCCAUCAACAUCACGGGCUUCCUCAAACACAUCCGCACGCAGAGGAACUACCUGGUCCAAACAGAGGAGCAGUACGUGUUUAUCCACGAUGCCUUAGUGGAAGCCAUCUUGUGUGGCGAGACUGAAGUGGCGGCGGCUGACCUGCACAGGUACGUGGACGAGCUGCUGACCCCUGGUCCCGCAGGAACCACGCGCCUGGACAAAGAGUUCAAGCUGCUUUGUCAGUGCGACAAGCAGAAUGAUGUCACUGCUGCCGCGCUGCUGAAGUGCAACCGCCACAAGAAUGCCAAGUCUGCUGUGAUCCCAGGUGAAAGGUCACGUGUGCGUCUCUCUGUGACAACAGGGGAAACACCAGACUACAUCAACGCUUCCUACAUCACGGGUCACCGGCGACAUGCCGAGUUCAUCAUUACCCAGAAUCCUCUGCCAGGCACCAUAAAGGACUUCUGGAGGAUGAUUUGGGACAAUAACGUCCAGCUUGUUGUGUCACUGCCUGGGUCAGGCCAGGUGAAGGAGGCGGAGCCAUGUGUGUUCUGGCCCGGCAAAGGUCAACAAAUCAGUUGCGAGACGUUCACAGUCAGUCAGCAGAGUCAGACCCACAUGUGUUUGGCUAAUGAGGACAUGGUGGUGGUCCAGGACUACAUACUGGAAGCUACACAGGACGACUAUGUUCUGGAGGUGAAACACUACCGCGCCCCCCGCUGGCCAAACCCUGACAGUCCACUUCGUAACAUCUUUGAGCUGCUCCGUCUGGUAAAAGACGGGAACGCCGCCAGUGACGGGCCAACUGUUGUCCACGAUGAUGUGGGCGGAGUCACAGCAGGAACAUUUUGUGUUCUGUCGUCUUUGAUGCACCAGUUGGAGGUCAAAGGUUGUGUGGACGUCUUCCAAAUGGCUAAAUUAACAAACCUGAUGAGACCAGGAGUCUUUUCUGACAUUGAACAGUACCAGUUCCUGUACCGAGCCAUGUUGAGUCUGAUUGGGACCCAGGAAGACGAGAAAACCCUCCAGUCCUUCGACAACAACGGAACCAUUGUGGUGGGAACCGCCACCGCCGAUCCCGGCGCAGAGAGCCUGGAGUCACUGGUCUGAGUGCAAGAACAGAAACCGGUUCUGAUGGAUUAAACGUAACCGUUUGAGUUCUGGUGUCUGCUGGCUCUGGACAUUGUGCGAUCAUCGUCAUUUGUGCCUUUUUGUAUUUUUAACUGCUUUGAGCCUAACUGAUGUCUUCAUGCUGUCCCGCUCCGAAACGCUUCACUUUGUCAGAAAUCUUUAUAUUUAUUGGCACUGAGCCAAUUUGGGAUGAAAG